CUUUAACACCUAGCGUAAAUAUCAAUAGAUUUAAAGGUGUUUUACAGGUAGGCACCUAGACACUAUUAGAUUUUACAUAUGUUAAAAGGAGUGAGGUUCUGUUUAUUUUUGCUUAUGACAUUUAAGUGCAAGAAGGAUUUAAUUUCAAGUAUGAGAUUCAAGAAUUUUACUAUUUAAUGCUUGUUCAACUGAGGAGUUAAAGGAAUAUUAUCGAACUUGAUGUGAAUAUAUGAUUUUCAUCAAUGAUUAACGAUUCGAUGAAUGUUUUGUUCAAUGAAAAAGUGUUUUAUUAUAGAUAGAAACAAGCGACGUCUACAAACAUGGUUGGGCGGGUAUGUUUAACUAUCUACCUCAUAUGGGUUGUCACAGCCGUUUGGGCUGCCAACCCGGUGGUUAACCCCUUCACCCAACCCUACACCGUGGCCGAGGAUCCUCUAGCGGAAAAACAGCUGGUUCAAAUCUCGGCAACGGCUGAUGCAGGGGAGACGAUCGUGUCGUGUAGGGUCAAGUCAGCCAAUCCCGGGGGUCCUUUCUCUGUGAAGGAGGUCAACACGGGCGAGUUCUGGGUGGUUCGCGACACCACGGCGGCUCUAAGCUACGCCACGACCAAUUUUUAUUCCCUUCAGAUUGACUGCAGAGAUUCCAAGAACCAAAACAGUGCCGCCGUGGACCUGUUUGUUUACGUCACCCCCAACACGCCCCCCACCAUCACCAGCUACCCCACAGCCACGGCCACGCCCGUCGACGUCAACACUUUCAACUACGCCACCGACACUGUGUAUCAAGUGCUGGCCACGGACGCUGAGGGAGACACACUGACGUACUCACUGCUGUCACAACAGCCAAACUCCGGCCUCUUCAGCAUCAAUAGCGCAACAGGCAAGAUAACAGCGACAAGAGAUUUACACACGAUCACUACGUCAUCUUACCUGCUUACCGUACAGGUCGCUGACACCAGGAACACCAUAUCCGACUUUCACGUGGCCGUGACCCUAGACAACCUCAACACCGCCCCCAUGAUCGUCAACCUCCCCACCACCAUCACCAUCCCGGAAGAUGCCGGUGCUGGCACCACCCUCAUCAAGCUUGACGUCGUUGACGCCACGGCUUACCCCGGGCCGGUCAAACCCACCUGUACCUUCUCCCCCUCCACUGAGAGCUACAAGUUCACCCUCAACACCGACAACACCAUCACCCUCAGCGCCAGCAACCUCCUCAACUACGAAGUCCGCAACACCUACACCAUCACCUGCUCGGCCACCGACGGCUACUACAGCACCGACGGUAAAGACGUUUUAACCGUCAACAUCCAAAACGUCAACGAACCACCCGCCUUCAACAGCAACAACUACUACUGCACCAUCGCUGAGGGUCAAAUGCACGACCACUACUGCACUUUAUCCCUAACCAUCGUAGACCCAGAAGGCGACGCUCUAAAAAGCAUCGGAUUCCGUACUAGUGUUUCUCAAAGCGGAAACUUCUACUACGAUCCCACUUUAAAAAGAGUUUACUUCAAUGUUGAUUACGAUCUAGAAAAUUCGUUUCCUGAGAACCCUACAGAUCAAAUUCUUGAAGCCGUUGACAGCGGCGGCGCCACAGUCACAAGUACAGUACACAUCACAGUCACCGACACAAACGACAAUACAUGCGUGUUUGGUUCUAAUUUAAUCUACAAACAAAUCGACCAAUCCGCGGUCUUAGGUCAAAUUGACGCCUUUACUUUCACCGAUGCCGAUUUGACAUCGCCGAACAAAGAUGCGAAAAUCCAGAUCGUGUCUUCGACUCCGACAAAUUCCGGAGACUACAUGACGGUUCUCCCGACGGGGGAGGUUUACUACACCGCCUACAUCCCCUACGCCAACAGCGGAAGCUCCUACUCCAUGCUGGUCAAAUGCGUCGACGGCGGCACCCCCGCUCUCUCCGCCUUCGCCACGGUGAUCAUCUCCUACACCUACGUCCAGACCACCACCACCACAACCACAACCACAAGCACCGCAUCCACCACAACCACAGCAGCGCCGGUGAAGACGAUCUGGGACUACCCGUGGUUCGUCGCCGUGUUCUCUAUCUUCAUGGUGCUCAUAGCAGCCCUUCUCAUCAUUGGUCUCGCUUAUUUUAUCUACAAAUGCUGCUGUCAAAAACCGAGCCCCACGGAAAUCGAACCGCGAAGGAAAAUUUACCCUGACAGAUACGAUAAUCGAGGUAAUCAUAGUAGCCCAUUUGAUGAUGACGAUUACUUGAGAUCGUCGCGAUCCGAUUACCCGAGAUCGUGGAACAGCAACGAAGUCGUAACGCCAAGACAGAUACCAGCAUUAGAAUACAAGUAAUCGAUAACAAUUUGAAACGAUAUGUUAAAAAAUAAACCUACAGACAUCAGAGAUAAAUAUUUGCUCGCGAGUGCAUUAAGACCCCCGUACUAUAUAGACUUACAUUAUGGGUUAAUGAA